AUGGAGGACUUUGAGCAUUGUCUCGGCUCUCUGAUCGCGCUCUCUCGGCUGUAACAUAUCUCGUUGUUGAUAUUAGGGCCUGUCGCUGUCCUGAGAGGUUCGCGAAAGGGUUGGGGCCUCGGAAACCUACGGGGUCCUUGGAAGAGCAGGAGGAGCAGCAGGAGCAGGAGGAUCGCCUUCGUCUCGAUUACUGUGAGCCAUAUCAUUAUGAGCACAUGGAGCCUUUGAAUAUUGCGAAACCAGAGGAUGCAAAAAUCAUACAGGUCUGGGCAGAGGUUGCAAGCAGACUUGCCAAACACGCACAACCAACCCUCGAACUCGAACUUAUGUGCGAUUGCGCUGACGCUGCCACGGCUAAUGCGGUAGUAACACCACUCUAUGACCUACCAAUCCUCGAUAGCUUUGCAAUUCGUCUUGCCAAGUACCACAAUAAGGGUCUCCAGUCCUUCGCAGAUGCAGUCUAUGAUCGAAUCACUGGUCGUUCUCCAACAUCAACAUUCCAUCGUUGGAACGAUCUGAGCAUCGAGGUGCGUUUACGCAUACUAGAAUAUACCGGACUUGUAGCCGACAACGAAGAGGUAUUUUGGCAUCAACGCUGGGGCUACUUCAUGCCUCAAAGGAUUACAUCCUGCAGAGUACUAGCAUGCAGGAGUAGCCAUACCGCCACUUCAACUCAACGCCUGGCUGGAACCUGCGAUAAUCACCUCAUCAUACGCUCGCUCUUCCCGGUUUUCAAACAGAUGAAAGCUGAGGCGUCCACGAUCUUCUUUUCGAAAAACAGUUUUGUGGUUAUGCCAAGGAUAGGGGUACGCGGCUUGGAGGACAGGAGACGGGUAACCUCUUGACAACACGCAAGAGGUAGAGUUAUUCCUGAAUUCCAUUGGACGGUCCAACAUCAACAGGUUGCGGAGAUUGGAGAUUGUCAUCGCACACCCCGAGUACCCCUGUUUUGGAGAAGCCGCCAGGAGCUAUCUCUCAUGGCUUAGAGCGAUUGAGUUACUCAAAGGAUCAGCCAAUCUCUCUGCGUUGACUCUUUCCUUCAGUUAUUUUAGUAGCCCCGAAGAUGAUCGUAGGAACCAACAGAGAGUUCUCAGGAAAACCAUGCAGAUAUUGACGGUGCUGAAAGGACUGAAGGAUUUCUGGGUACUCGAGUGGAGCAAGUACGUGGUCUUCGAGGACAGAGAAACCUACGAAACGGAUCUCAGAUCUAGAGAGGAGAGACUGGAAAAGAUUGUUAUGGGUGAGGAGUAUAAUGCUCUUACAAGAGGGAAGGAUAAAGUCACGGAAAAUAUGACUUCGAUGACUGGCUUCGUCACGACCCCACCCGGGAGUGGGUUUUCCAUACAAAAUGAAGAUGUGGAGAUCUCAGUUGUAUGGUUAAUUCUCCUUGGAUUACUCAGAUCAACGAAGGGCACAAGAUUUGAUAGGAUCUGGCAGAGAAAGACAGUGUGUGACGAGGUAUAG